AUGAAACUCCUAGAACCCACUAUCUCAAGCAACAUACCUCUCUCUCCCUGUGGUCCUGGAAGUCCUGGUUGUCCUGGUUUUCCAGCUGGUCCAGCUGGUCCAACAUUUCCUGGUGGUCCAGGUGGUCCUGGUGGUCCGGAUUGUCCUGGUUGUCCGUCUCUUCCAGGUGCUCCAUCGUCUCCUGGUGCUCCAGUGGCUCCUGCAUCUCCUGGAUUUCCUGGUUCUCCAGGUGUGGAUGGUGUGGAUUGUGCAGGCCGUCCUGCUUCUCCUUUCUCUCCGUCGUUUCCUGGAGCUCCCGUAUCUCCGGACGCUCCGUUUGGUCCAACAGGCCCUGGCGUUCCUGGAGAUCCCGGUCUUCCUGGAUUUCCUGGUCGCCCUGGUUGUCCACUGGUUCCAGUUGGUCCUUGUGGUCCUGGUGGUCCAGGUGGGCAUGGAUUGCACGGUGGGAUGUCUUGCUCCUCACAAACGAUUGGAGGUCUUCCAGGGGUUCCUGGCCGUCCUGGCGCUCCGGGAACUCCUGGUUUACCGUUACGGCCUGGAAGACCUGGACGUCCUGGGUGUCCUGGUUUGCAGCACCCGGCGCAUCCGACCGCUUGA